ACAAAAAUAAUUUACUUUAAAAGUCUAUGGCAAACUAAGCUGAAUGAGAAGCCUUUAAUCUAAAAGUUUCCUAUUUCUUCACAAUGGCACAAACAAAAUCCUUCACUGGAUCUCUGUGAAAGGAAGGAAAUGCUAUGGGGUAAAUUCAGCAUGUAUCCCCUUGUUAUUAUAAAACACAACUGCCAUUCAGAGCAAAGCGGGUCUUUUCUGGUUCAUCAGUGUCUUUAACUGCUCAUCUAUGACCCUAUUGUCCAGAUCAGCAACCUGCCCUGAUAUAAAGCCACAAAUGACACACAAGCCCUUCAGAAAGGACAUCAGUACUCAAUAUGAAGCUGCUCAGCAUCAACAGCUCCAUGACUCUUCUAGUCUUUAUUAAUGCGGUAUAUUCAGCAGCUUUCAGAGAAGGACGCGAAGAUUUGUUAUGUUUCUUGAAUGAUGCAUUUGAAAUGAAUUUGCCUCCUAACCACACUGAACCAACACAGCUCUCAGAAAUGGAACUAGCAACAGAGAAGAUUCUGGAUCCUGCAUACCCGACAGAUCCGACUGCUGAUUUUUCCAUCACAACUCCAGAACCAAAUUUUGGACCUGCAGAUGUUGCUGAAGAGAAAUCAGUUGAGAGCAGCAACUCAGACAGCCGAUUAGCUGAAAGAGCAUCAGCAGAAGACAGCAGAGAGGGUGUCAACUGGAGGUUACAGCUGAGAACCGCACUUGCAGGUAAGCUUGUGUUUUUUAAAACUUCUAUCGGGUAUAUAUACUUCAUCACGGACACACACCUGUCAACAGACGCCCAUAAAGCAUUGCAGGAGCAUUAUGGGAACUCAGCAGAGAGUAUGAGUAUGGACAGGACUGACAUGGACACAGGCUUGACUGAGAGCUCCAACAAACAUAUCCAUAAAGCAACAGUGAUGGAGGACAUAAGUAGUCAGGAAAUGGACAGACCUGAGGAGAACGGGAGAAACCGGCCCACAAUGAUCCAGAAGUUAGAAAGACACAGUGCUGCGGACACAGACAGACAGAAUCUGGACUUUAUGAAAAAGAUUCAAGCCAUUUUUCAGAUUUCUGCCAGUAGAACAAACCUCAAAAACCAGGCUGGUAAACCACAUGAUGCUCAGGAGAGCCACAAAAGAGCAAUGGAGUUUGUGGACACCUCUGAGACCCCAGACCUUGAUGCUGGCAGUGAAGAACGUGCUGGUGGUGGUCAAGGAAGAUCUCAGAGACAAAUCUCAGGAAUCAAAGCAAAACUAAACUAUAAUGCUGCCUGGGCCACACUGGAUGACAGUAGGGAAUCAGUUGAUCUGAUGAUCCCAGGAUGCACAGAAACAUCUGUUGAACAUCCCAUGGAAGAGAACAACAGUCUGAAUGCCCCUAAUGUGGACCAAGAGAUUCAAAAGGACACAGUGAGGUAUCAGAACCAGCUGAGGAAAAUAUGUCCCACCAAGAUCGUACGAGCAUCCAACAACCCAAGAGCACAGCUGGAUUUAGAUAGUCCAGAAAGAGUGAACAGUGAAGUUUUGGACAGCAGUGAGAGGCUAGAAGUGGCAGGUCAUCUGUAGAGAAUCACUUAUUGUUGUAGAACAUGUACUUUUUACUUUUUUAUUUAGACUGUGAUUUUAAUGUGAGUUUGAUCUGAUAUCAUUUGCUUGUUUGUCAGUCAUUGCAUAAAUACACAAAUUAAUCAGA